AUGGAUGUACCCCACUCAUGUUGGCAUCUCUACGCGUGGGCAGCUCUGACAUCAGCGAGGAUGAUGAGGACGCGGAAGAUUCCUCGGCAAAUAUAAUAACGGACCUGAUCUAUCAGGGUGCCAAUCUGCAAGCCCAAACAGACCGUACUGGGGAGAUGGCACUGCACUUAGCAGCCCGUUACUCAAGAGCAGAUGCUGCCAAGCGGUUGCUGGAUGCCGGUGCAGACGCCAAUGCACGAGACAACAUGGGCCGGACUCCCCUGCAUGCAGCUGUAGCUGCUGAUGCACAGGGUGUUUUUCAGAUCUUGAUCCGUAACAGAGUGACAGACUUGGACGCCCGGAUGAAUGACGGAACAACCCCGUUAAUUCUGGCUGCGCGGUUGGCUGUGGAAGGGAUGGUGGCCGAGCUGAUCAACUGCCAGGCAGAUGUGAACGCAGUGGAUGACCAUGGUAAAUCUGCUCUUCACUGGGCUGCUGCUGUCAACAAUGUGGAAGCAACACUGGUGCUGCUGAAAAAUGGAGCCAACAGAGACAUGCAGGAUAACAAGGAGGAGACACCGCUUUUGCAAGGCAGUUUUGAAGCAGCAAAGAUCUUGCUAGACCAUUUUGCCAAUCGGGACAUCACAGACCACAUGGAUCGCCUGCCCCGGGAUGUGGCCCAGGACCGGAUGCAUCAUGACAUAGUGCAGCUCCUGAAUGAGUACAACGUCGCGCACAGCCCUGCUGGGCACCCAGGUGCCAUGCUGAACUCUGCCCUCUCCCCAGUCAUUUGUGGUCCAAACAGGUCAUUCCUCAAUCUGAAACAUGCCUCGUUAAGCAAGAAGUCACGCAAACCGAAUGCCAAGGGCAUCAUACCCACGAACCUCACCAAAGAUGCCAAGAGGAGAAGGAAGAAGUCCCUCAGCGAAAGCAAAGGGCAAUUUUCAGAGAGCUCAGUGACCUUGUCACCAGUUGAUUCCCUAGAAUCACCCCAUGCUUUUGCAUCUGAGCCAACAUCUUCGCCUGUGAUGCCUUCGCCGGGGGUGCUACACUCGUCCCCCAGCUCCCUGCUGACUGCCCCGUCAGUGCAGGCCGCGCAUACGAUGUCCUUCUCCAACCUCCACGAGAUGCAGCCCUUGGGACGCGGAUCCGGCACCGUGCUCCCUUCUGUGAGCCAGCUGCUUUCGCAGCACAGAACCACCCCUCCGAACAGCGGGCUCGGCAGGCUCCGGACGGCCAAUGUUUCCACCGAGUGGAUGAAUCGUAUGGAGAUGAAUGAAUCGCAGUACAAUGAGAUGUUUGGCAUGGUGCCCCAGGUGAUGCAUUCACACCCCAGCGCUUCUCAGCAGAGCAGCUUAGUUCAAGCAGAUGCAAAGCACUUGGGAGUUUCCAGGGAGUCUCUGCCCCCUAUCAUGACUUUCCAGCUGGUUCCCAAGGGCGGCAUAAACCAGCAAGCACUGCCACAGCAGGCUCAACCAAACUGCGCUCAGAACAUGGCAGCUCCUCUCAGCUCCAUGUACCAGAUCCCGGAUUUAGCUCAGCUGCCCAGCGCCUCCUUCUCCAUGGCUGCCAUCCCUCAGCAGGACGGGCAGGUGGCGCAGACCAUCCUCCCGGCCUACCACCAGUUCCAGAGCUCCAUGGGGAAGUACCCGACGCCGCCGUCGCAGCACAGCUGCUACUCCUCGGCCACGGAACGGACUCCUAGCCACAACCGGCACUUGCAAGGGGAGCACCCGUACCUGACUCCAUCACCUGAGUCUCCGGACCAAUGGUCAAGCUCUUCCCCACACUCUGCCUCCGACUGGUCCGAUGUGGCGACAAGUCCUGGUAACAACCAGCGUGGGCCGGCGGCCGCUCACAUGUCCGAGCAGCAGCGGAACAACAUGCAGGUGUAUGCCUGAGGGCCGGCCACGAGGAAGACGAGCAAGUGGACUCCAGAACUGAUGAAGGUCUUCCAGAUGGAAAUGAAGAACCAUUUUAAUAUCCAAGAGUCUUAAUGAGCCCAGGCUUUUCUCACUGGAAGGACUGUGGUUGCCGUAGGCUUUUAUGCUUUCCUAAACAGAGAAUUGUAGAAGCUGGUGAUGGAGAAGACCUGUUGGGUCACUUCUAACCAAGUCCCUACCACCUAGGAUGUGAUUGCUGCCUCCACUGGAUUCUCCAGUCUGCUUUUAAGUAUAUUCCACCGUUUCCUUGAGGCAACAGCUCUUCAGGUUAAUGCAUCUUACGGUCAUUUCUCCAGAAAUGUAGCCAAAACCAGCUUUGUGUUUUUGUUACUCCUUUUGUUACCUACCUAAUCUCUUUCUGAAGCACCUUCUGCUAGUUCUUCUUGAGCUCAAGUUGCCUUGUCUUGACUCAGCUCAGAGCUGCACCCACAUUCCUACACCCCUCUUCCUCAUGGCUCCUCUUGCUCAGCAAGCAAGCCAGACUUCCCGAAACGCCUACAGGUCAAGUGACUGGACCCAUCACCUUUGGUCCUGCAGCCUCAGCCUUUCCCCUUCAA